AUGUCAGACCACAACGACGUCGAGACACCGCCAGCACCGCGCACCGAUAAGCCCUUAUCACUCGCAGCGCGCAUGAAAUCGUACGAAGCACAAUUCGACCAAAUCCUUCCUCUAGACAAACCCAUCAUCCUUCGUCUGGACGGCCAUGGCUUCUCACGCUUUACCUCCCAUUUCGCGCGUCCAUUCGACGAGCGCAUACACACCGCAAUGAUAUCAACCUGCGCCGAUCUCCUCCAUUUCUUCCCCCGAGCCACAGUCGCAUACACGCAAUCCGACGAAAUCACCCUAGUCUUCCCAGAAGGCGUGCAGAGUUUCAAUGAGCGAGUACAAAAGCUAUGCAGUCUAAGUGCUAGCUACUGCUCCGUGAGAUUCAACAAGCAUCUCACUGAUGCUCUGAAGGCCAUGCCUGAGCCGGAGGUCAAGGGCGAUGUGGAAGAAGUGCUGGGGACGGCGCAUUUUGAUGCAAGGUUCUUUCCUGUGCCUGACAUAGCAGAGGCGCUGAAUAACCUUAUUUGGCGCUGUCGCAAUGAUGCUGUGAGGAAUUCUGUUUCUGCUUUUGCGAGGACUAUGUAUUCGACUAAGGAGAUGAACGGGAAGAAGACGAAGGAUCUUGUCAAUAUGAUGCUAGAGGAGAAGAGCGUUAGGUUUGAGGAAGCGGUGCCGAAGUGGGCGAUAGAGGGUUGUUUGAUUAAGAGAGAACAGUAUGAACAUGAGGGGGUGAAUCUGAAGACUGGAGAGACUGAGAAGACGUUCCGCACGAGGACGCGGGUGGAGGAGAGGGGUAUUCGCGAAUUUGGAGAUGAGGGGUUGAAGUUGGUGACAAGUAGGUAUUGGUAA